UCUGCAGGUACGUGUGGUGUAGUCGCUCAUUCACACCCUGGCUUUGGAGUGAGUCGCACACUCACACAGACACGCACACUCACACAGACACGCACACUCAGAAACACACUGCACCGAGCAAGGGAUCCUAAGGAACCGCUGAAGAACCCAGUCGCGUAGGUAGAACAGAUCAGACGAAGCCGCCAAGAUGUGUGAUAUGGGGGGAUUGGAUAACCUUGUGGCCAACACGGCCUACCUGAAAGCCCAGGGUGGCGACGACAAGGAGAUGAAAAAGCGUCGCCGAAGUCUGUCACUACCCAAGCCCGAGCAGUGUACCGCCAUCAGGGAAACUCUGGAUAAGAACUUUGAGUCGCUCUGCGAGAGGCAGCCAAUCGGCAAGAGGUUUUUCCGGCAGUUCCUGACUGCUACCUCAGAGUACAUCAAUGCCGCUGAGUUCCUGGACGAGCUGAAUGACUGGGAUCUGGCGGAAGGCGCUGACAAGGACAAGCAGAGGACAAACAUGAUGAACAAGUUCUGCAAGGACACCUCCAAGAACUUCCUGACCUACCUCACUGCGGAGGUAGCCGACAAGUGCAAGGCAGUGACGGACAAUGACUUUGAUGAAGUGAUCAAUGUUAAGGUGAAGGAAGCCACACGGGAGUUUCUGAAAGGCAAACCCUUCAUGGAUUACCAAACUAGCCCCUUCUUUGACAAAUUUCUGCAGUGGAAGGAGUACGAGAAGCAGCCCAUCAGUGAUAAAACCUUCUACGAGUUCAGAACUCUGGGCAAGGGAGGUUUCGGAGAGGUAUGUGCCGUACAGGUGAAAAACACAGGCCAGAUGUACGCCUCCAAGAAGCUGUGCAAGAAACGCCUGAAGAAGAAACAUGGUGAGAAGAUGGCCCUGCUGGAGAAGCAGAUCCUGGAAAAGGUCAACAGCCUGUUCCUUGUCAACCUGGCCUACGCCUACGACACCAAGACCCAUCUGUGCCUUGUCAUGACUCUGAUGAACGGCGGUGACCUCAGGUACCACAUCUAUUACGUCAGUGAGAAGACCAAGGGUAUCGAGAUGCCACGCAUCAUCUACUACACAGCACAGAUUUGCACAGGCAUCCUUCAUCUGCAUGAUAUGGAUAUCAUAUACCGUGACAUGAAGCCAGAGAACGUGUUGCUGGACAGCUUUGGCCAGUGCCGACUCUCUGAUCUGGGUCUGGCCGUGGAGCUGCCCGCCGGAAAGACCAUCUCCCAGAAGGCUGGAACCGGAGCGUACAUGGCCCCUGAGAUCCUACAGGAUGUUCCCUAUAGGACGUCCGUGGACUGGUGGGCCCUGGGCUGCAGCAUCUACGAGAUGGUGGCCGCCUACACCCCAUUCAAGGGUCCCGAAUCCGGGAAGCAGAAGGUGGAGAAGGAGGAGGUGCAGCGUCGCAUCAUCAAUGAUGAACCCCCAUGGGAGCACAAGAACUUUGAUGCGCCCACCAAGGCCAUCAUCCAGGAGUUCCUUAAGAAGAAGACUGAUGAACGCCUGGGCUGCAAGGGAGGAGGCGAGGAUCCCCGAAAACACGAGUGGUUCAAGGCCAUCAACUUCCCUCGUCUGGAGGCUGGUUUGAUCGACCCCCCGUGGGUGCCCAAGCCCAACGUGGUGUACGCCAAGGACACUGGCGACAUUGCUGAGUUCUCUGAGAUCAAGGGCAUUGUGUUCGAUGCCAACGAUGAGAAGUUCUUCAAGGAGAUUGGCACGGGAGCCGUGGCCAUUCCAUGGCAACAGGAGAUGAUUGAAACGGGACUGUUUGACGAGCUCAAUGACCCCAACAGGAAAGAGUCCGCUGGGGGGGGUGACGACGAGGGAAAGUCUGGCACGUGCACACUGCUGUGAGCAACCAAAGUUGGCACAUAUACACACCAGUAUGUCACCAACACAUCAACUGAUUCGCUCAUGUUCUGUAAAUUACAACAACAAAAAAUUACACACAAAAAUGAUUUUACAAGGGAGGAGAGCAGCAGGAGAGAGAGAGAGAUGAGGUAUCCUUCCCUGGAACGGGUUGGUUGCCAUUGAUUUUAGUAGCCAAAUGUUCCCUGAGCUGCAGAGCAAAUAGGAGGGUAAAGGGUGGCUUUACCAAGGUUGGUAUUGUCUCUUCAGAUUUCAGCUACUUCCAGAUGUUUCACAUGAUGUAGUAGUGUCCUCCUGGCCAACAGGGGCUGCUAAGAGUAAAAUACAACAAAUUCAUAUUGUGGAUACAAAAACAUUAUAUGAUUAAUGGAUAAAUACAGGCCUCUCGUUACAUACAACCUGCACCAGAAAGAUUAGCAUAUGCAGACAGCAGUGCUAGACCUCAAACCUAGGCAAUGGCCACAAUGGAGCACGAUAUGCUGAAUUAAUUAGUUCAGGAAUAUGGUUGGGAUCUCGUUCUUGAUUGUGGUGCAUUAAUUUAAUGUGAUACGGCUACAUUUUUUUUCACUCCCCCCCACCCCACUACAUGCCUUUUGCCUCUCUAAAGGCAGAGGUGAUCACUUUUUUGGGACACAUCACCUUAUUACAAAUUUCACCUGGAAGCAAUCAAAAGCAAAUAAAUUAUAAUUUCUACCAACAGAAAUUAUUUCAAAUGAAAUGUGGCAGAGGUAACGUUUACUUACCUACAGUGACUCGUCACCUUUAAACCCAGUGAAGUCAAUCACUACAUUUCCAAGCAGAUGGACUUCACAGUCCAGCAUCUAGUUUUAUUUUAAAACGGUGUUGUAUAUGAAUAUAAAUAUGUAUAUUUAUGCACUGAGAGGGGAGAAAUCCACAGAUUAGGUGCUAGUCAGGACUGGAAGAAUGCUCAACUCUUGUGUUUGGGAAGGGUCUAUGCCCUGGUUUGUCAGGAGAGAGGAAUGUGGAGAAAAAACUGUUGGACUCUAUAUUCGAAAGUUGAACAUUUAGAGGAGUUGGGCUAGGCCCGCAAUGUGUUCUUGUACCAGCCCCCCCAAAAUGUGAAUUUUUAGGGCUUUCUUCCUCCCUGAGAUAUGUGUGCGCAACUUUAACUAGAAAAUUGCUUCCAUUGAUGUGAUUUGUCUGAAGUUCGAGAUAUAUGUACAAAUCUCAAGUUAGAAUCUAGUUAGCUAGCUAGCCUUCAAAACUUUUAACAAAAAAAAAAUCACAUUUCCCUUUUGUCUUGUCUCAAGACUUAUUUCAUAUAACUUUAAAUUGACAAACUUUCCAGAUCUUGACCAGUAUUAUGUUUUUACAGUAAAUAUGUUAAUUAUACUAUGAAUAUAAAUAUACUUGUAAAUAUAAUAUGAGAGAAAAACAUUACAUAUUCUACUGUAGGAAUGUCAGACAUUUAUCAGGGACUUGAAUUAUUUGAAUAAAAAAAUAUAUGUCUUUUA